AUGAAAAAUAAUCCGCCAGAAUUAUCAUUCUACUCCACAGCGGUGUCUGAAAAUUUGGCUGAUCGUGUUGACCUCGAGCGACAGCGCCUGGAUAUCGAACUUGCAAAGUUACGAUUGUUAGAACUUGAUAAACGUAUCGAGCUAGAGAAAUUGCAACUGUUGCAAAAGGAAGAUGACGAAUCGAAGGAAGUCAAGAAACCUCGGCUUGUAUGA